ACGAGCCACUGCCCCUCAAAACCCGUCAACACCCCCGACAAUGGCUCCGUUCCCGUCCAACCAGACCCAGGACGUCCAAGUGCCGCAGCCGUUCGAGGACGUCGACGGCAAGCACGAGGCCAGCUACAACGACAUGCCGUUGACGCCCAAGGCCGCCGCCCCCGCUAAGCUGCAGCGGCUGUCUCGCUUCGCCGUACAGAGCGUGCAUCUGCGCGAGUGCUUCGCCGAGUUCUUGGGCACCUUCGUCAUGAUCCUCUUCGGCAUGGGCGUCAACAACCAAGUGACCAACUCGGAGGAGAAGAACGGCACGUGGCUCAGCAUCAACAUGUGCUGGGGCAUCGGCGUGCUCAUCGGUGUGUACUGCACGGAAGGCAUCAGUGGUGCACACCUGAACACGGCCGUGACACUCGCGCACUGCGUCUAUGGUCGUCUGCCGUGGUGGAAGGCUCCGGGCUACAUGAUCUCACAGGUUCUUGGGGCCUUCGUCGGUGCCUUUGUCAUCUACGUCAUGCAGUACCAGAACCUGAACGUCAUCGACCCGAACCGCGAGACCACGCAGAGCAGCUUCUCCACGUACCCGAGCGACAACAUCUCCAACUACACGGCCUUCUACACUGAAGUGGUCGGUACGGCCAUGCUGCUGCUCGGCAUCUACGCCAUUACGGACCAGAAGAACCGCCCGGCCGGACCUGUGGGCGCUCCGUUCGCCUUCUGCCUGUUGAUCAUGGCUCUGGGCAUGUGCAUUGGCAUGAACACGGGCUACGCCAUCAACCCGGCGCGCGACUUCGGCCCUCGCCUGUUCACGAGCAUCGCUGGCUGGGGCUCCAAGGUCUUCACCCUGCGCGACCACUACUUCUGGAUCCCCAUCGUGGGCCCGCUGAUCGGCGGUGUUAUCGGCGCCGGACUGUACAUUCUGCUCGUGGAGAUCCACCACCCGCCGCAGACGCUCCCUUAAGGAGAAGACCAGCGCUCAACGACGACCAAGAAGGGGUCGACGCACGAGCUCCAAGUAGUAGUCAGUGUUGUGGUCGAGCUCGAGCCUUCGUGGCUUUCAUAAAAUAACGAUAUAUAUACUAUGCGUUUACGUG